UGGUUUUUAAAAAGAAUGAGAUCAGAAUCUGACACUGAAACAUGUUCGGUUUUAGAAGCAGAAAAAAAAGGUUUGAAUAAAUGAGCCAAAGUUGAUCAUUUUGAGAUUUUUUUAAAUGAUUUAUGGUUCUUAACAGAAUAACUGUGCGCGCCCUUUUGUGCCUAAAUGUUUUGAUUGUAUUUAUUAUUCUGACUGCUUCAAAGUCUCACUUGGAAAUAAAACUAAAUGGGGGUUUACAUAAGAGAAAAAAAACAUGUACAGGAUACAAAUAAGUGUGAUGAACGGCUAAAAAUAGUGCUCAGACGAUGGACCCGCGUCCAGAUGUGUCAGUUCGUGUUAAAUCAAUUCCACAACCCAUCAACAAAGAUAAGUUGGAACACUGCGCAAGGAGCGGGCAUCUUCGCCGCGAUCUUCUUUUUCUUUUUCUUUUUUUAAUGGAAAAAAGAAAACACAGUUCGGACUAAUGUUCUUUGUCUUUUCCUGUUACUCAGAGGAGACGAGGGAGAGAUCAAGUAGCCCACACACUGUGCGGUGUGUGCGGAGGGGUGAUGCCUUGAGAGCGCAUCACAGGACGACAAAAACCCCACUGCAAGACGCAGUGUGCCAGAACAGAGCAGCCUUGGCACAAGGAGCUCGAUUCCUGACACUCCGCGAUUUCCUCCUGAUCAUCCCGGAAUCCUCCCCGAACAUCUUCGCCAAAGACACAAUGUAGUGGAGAGGAAAACGAGGGGAUCUCCACCGGGGGGGGGAGCGAUCUGGGGGAUGCACAGACACGGUUAUGGGUGAUUAAUGCGUCUUUUUCGCAGCAGCCGCACAACAAGACUGGAUAUGCGCACAAAAAGUGGGGGGAAGUGAGUUUUGGGGGCCCACAGGAUGGACACUGCGGAGGUAAUUCUCUCCCUGUUGGUGGUUGUGAUUAUCAUAGUGUCGUUGCUGUCCAACGUCCUGGUGCUGAUCUGCUUUCUGUACAACCCGGAGAUCCGCAAGCAGGUCCCCGGUCUGUUCAACCUCAACCUCACCUUCUGCAACUUGUUGCUGACCGUGUCCAACAUGCCGCUCACUUUGGUGGGACUCGUCAGCAAGGCGCAGCCGGGGGGGGACGGCUUCUGCCAGAUCGUGGGCUUCCUGGAGACCUUCCUGUCCACCAACUCGAUGCUGAGCAUGGCAGCGCUGAGCAUCGACAGGUGGAUCGCGGUGGUGUUCCCCCUGAGGUACCACUCCAAAAUGCGCCACAAGGACGCGGCGUUCGUGCUCGGGUACACGUGGGCGCACUCCGUGUCCUUCUCCACGGUGGCCACCUGCCUCUCCUGGGUGGGAUACCACCGGCUUUACGCGUCCUGCACCCUGUCCAACCCGCGGGCGAGCAGCCGGACCCAGUUUGUUAUCUUCACCGUCUUUUUCCACUCCUUCACCUUCCUCCUGUCUUUUAUAGUGUUGUGUGUCACAUACCUCAAAGUCCUUAAAGUGGCGCGGUUUCACUGUAAGAGGAUCGACGUUAUUACAAUGCAAACUUUGGUGCUGCUGGUGGAUAUACACCCCAGCGUUCGCCAGCGUUGUCUGGAGGAGCAGAAGAGGCGGCGGCAGAGAGCAACGAGGAAGAUCAGCACCUUCAUCGGCACCUUCAUGCUCUGCUUUGCUCCCUACGUGAUCACGAGGAUCGUGGAGUUAUUUCCAGCGGUGCCUAUCAACCCUCACUGGGGAAUUGUCUCCAAGUGCUUAGCUUACAGCAAGGCGGCGUGCGACCCCUUCGUGUACUCCCUGCUCCGGCACCAGUACAAGAAGACGUGCACCGACAUCGUCAACAGGCUGCUGAAGCGCAGCUCCUUGAACGCGUCCGGGCGGAGGCUCGAGAACAGCGCCCCGGCGGCGGCGGCGGCGGCGGCGGCGGAGUGACGGUCGACGCGGCCCGGACGGUCAAACCUGGAGACUGUCGGGGGAAAACGGGAACUUGAUUUAUUGUCGACGGAGAACGGGAGAACGGAAUACUGGUCAUUCCUGUCCACGUCUGCUUGAAUUUUGGUCUGACAUAC